AUGAGUGGUCUUACUGGCCUGCAGUUGUGCAUACUUUUUUGCUGUACUUUACAAGUUUCCCUUAUGAAAACUAAUGCUGAAAGUAUACGAAAUCUUUUACAAGAACUUGAUGAACAGCGCAAAUUUCAAAUGCAUCUUAUAAUUGAUAUGCAAAACCAGAAUAGCAGCGAACAGUUCCUGGACUUUAAGAGCAAAAUGGAAAUACCGAGAAUUCUUAUUAAACGCCCCGAUGUGGUUCAACAACAUCUGUACAUUGAGUUCAAUAUGGAAAUCUUGACCAUAGCUAGCUUGAGUAUGCUGAAUUUCAACCAAACGUUUGAUGCCAUGGAAAAGUUGUUGUGGAGACGGCAUUACACCACCAUCUUGAUGAUACUGGAGAAUGAAGAUUUUGAUUUGUUGAAUCUAUUCCAAAGAUGUUGGGCACAAGGUUAUACCUCGAUUUUAGUACUCCAUCGCCAAAGAUACUACACUUAUACACCUUUCCCUACCAUACAAGUUAAACCAUUGAACCAUUGUCUGGAUUUCCUGAAGAAAUCACAUUUUCAUAACUUUCACAAUUACACAUUUAUGGUUCCCUUUACGCAGAUGCCCCCAAUAAUUUUUAGUUAUAACAACCGAGAAGGACAUCUCAUCAGAUCGGGCAUCUACUACAAGAUUGUGGAGAAUUUUGUCAACCACUAUAAUGGUUGUAUGCGGCAUACAUUUUAUGAUAUUUGGACAUCAAGCUUGAAACCCGAGGAUAUUGUUGCCAUGAUCAUAGAACAAGGCUUAAGCUUCAUACCUUGCUAUUUAGCAAUAAAUGAAGGAUAUGAAAGUAGUGAUUCGUUUCAUUUUUCAAAAGUCUAUUUGAUUGUGCCAGCUGAAAAGGAAAUCGAUCAGAGUCUAUAUCUGUUGGUUUCAUUCAAACGGGACAUGUGGUUGAUGGUUUUCCUGCUGUUGAUGGUGAUUUAUCUGCUGCUUGUUGUCGUCUACUAUUGCAAAUACCAAAAACUGAUUUAUGUCGAAGCCUUACUACAUACCUUGAAAAUCAUCAUAUUCAUGUAUGACGAAGUGUUCAAGGAUAGAACAUUUUUCAAUUUGCUUCUCAAUUUUCUAUUUCUCACCGUGGGGCUAUUUUUGACCAAUAGCUAUGUCUGCAAUCUCUCUAGCAUGUAUACCUCACGAGUUUAUGAAACGGAUUUUAAGAGCCUGGAAGAUGUAGAACGCACUCAACUAGGCAUUCAUGUCUAUAGCACCGAUUAUGAUGGGUUUAUGGCCGUAAGAAAUAUGCCACCUGUGAUUUACGAACGCAUGUUUGUAGGCAACGAUAGCGAGUUCUAUGCGAAUAUCCAGAAUUUGAAUUUAGUCAAUAUAUACACGGCCGGUGAGGCCACUGUAGAUUUUGUACUUUUCCAACAGUUGUAUGUGAAAAGGCCUUGGGCCAAAUAUAUUCCAGAGCCCAUAUACACCUUACCAAGUUCCAUAAAAAUUCCCCAUCGCUCACCCUUCAUAGAGCUCUUCAAUCGGCAUUUGUCUUAUCUCAAGGAUAGCGGAAUCUUGUACAAGUUUAAAGCCGAUAGUCAAUGGGAUGGAAUUGUAAGUGGCACUACGCAAUUUUUUCAGGAUGCUGAAACGAAAACUGCAGUAUCAAUGGCAUAUCUACAAAAUGCCUUUGUAAUGUGGUUGUUGGGCAGAUCUUUGUUUUAUCUAGGUGUACGUUUAGAUACCUAUGCCUCGCCCAGUGCCAAUUCAACGAGCCAUAUGUACUGGCAACAAUAUCGGAUGAAGGAGCAACAGCAGCAACACCAUCACCAGCGGUAG